UUAUCCCGAAAAAAGAAGGAAAAACAAACGAAACGAAGAAAAACCUAAGAAACGCUAGGAAAAAACCUAGAUUUUCUUCCGAAACAAAUCGUCAUUAAUUUUUCUAUUCUCUCUGCAGCCUUCUUCCUCUCCUCUUCAUGUUCUACUUCUCUCCGUUUAAUUCAUCAUCGUUUUCCUUUUUUUUUUUCGAUUAUAUACUAAUGGUUUCUUUUACAGAUUUUGAUGUGGCUUCGGGAUACGAUGAUUCUGAACACUGAGGAGGUCGAGCUAACGGGAUAACACAAGAGGAAGUCGAACUGCUGGUCUGUUAGUGACUCUUGGAGAUGGAGAAGUGGAUUGCUGCCUAUGAGGAAGAGAAGGUACAGGUGAAGUUGAAAAACUACGGUAGUGUGCCUUACAAACUGAUUUUCAAAUUGUCAAGGUUCUUCUUUUGUUCUUUCCCCUUGAUAAACAAUAAAAUCUUGACAAUAUUUCGUAAACACUACCCUUAUUACUAAUUCAUCUAUUUUUUAUCUUGAUUUUUUCCACAGGGAUUUCAAUUGUUAGUAGAGUUUGUUUCUUACUUUCUCAUUUUUUGUUGUAUGAUCAUUCUGAUUUCGUAGGUGAUACAUGUAUCUGCAACAAUAGAGGAGAUCACCAGGAAAGCCCAUAGUUCGAUUUUAACAUAUGUAAUACCUUGAGUCAUAUAAAGUUUCAAUUUUUGUUUUCUUGACUGUUUUGGCUAAAUAAUGCUACCAUGUGUGUGAAAGCAUUGAACAAAUUCCCGGGCUUAACAAGUUUGGACGUAGUUGUUCUGGAGGAAUUCGAAACUUAUGAAUAUGCAAGACGGUGUAUAUUCAAGGUGGAUUCAUUCUUCUACAGGGAUCCUGACGAAGCCAAGGAUCAGGAAACAAAUGAGGGUGCUGCUCCAGUGGCCUAUUUUGGUGUUGCUGAUAGGAUUUCUAAUGAUCAAUGGGGUGGUGAUACCCAAUGGGAAGGUAUAGAAAGGAAUCUAGACCAAAGAACAAGGCGAAACAAGAAACAGUUUUGGAAGCAACCACAUCAAUUCAACCAAACAAAAAUGAUCCCUCCUGUGUCGUCAAACUCUCUUAGCAGAAAUGUCAGACAUGCUCGAGGCCUUGCAGCGCACACUUGAGGGGAGCCAGAUUUGUGUUGCUUAUAGGAAACAUAAAGCCCAAGGGUUAAUUUUGGUUUCACAUGCUUUUAUGUUUAUUAGUAUGGAUGUUUCCACUCUUUGGUACUACGGUACAAAUAGUGAAUUUUCUGUAUUGACCAAGUAUAUAUUAAUUAAUAAGUACAUCGGUUAUUGUUUUUGUUGAAA